AAGAGGAGCUCUUCAUAAUGAAAAAAACCUUUGACUCAUUAAAUCCACCAGAUGUGUUUGAGAAUUUCAGAUUCACACAGGUUGUUCCGUUCUUGUAUUGGAAGAGUAGCUACAUUCAGAAAAUCCCAUGGACUCUGUCUUAUUAUAGCAAAGCAGGAAACACUGUUGAAACUUCGCGUUGGCUUACAUGAAGAUCAUCUUCCAGUACUCAGACUGAGAGCUUAGAGAUAUCCAGAUGUUUGAGCUUAACGGGAUGCCAGGAGGUGACAUGGCAAAACCACUCCUAAGUCAUCACAAUGUGGAGAAUGAACCAAACUUUACACCCACUGCUGGCAGCAAAACCAUUGGAAUUCUGGGAAGUGGUGACUUUGCACGCUCCCUGUCUGUGCGGCUGGUAUGCUCAGGUUUUAAGGUGGUGAUUGGAAGCCGGAACCCAAAGCGCAACAUUAGCCUCUUCCCUUCAGCAGCCGAAGUGACUUCCCAGGCAGAUGCUAUAAAGAAGACAGAUAUUAUCUUUGUGGCAAUUUUCAGAGAACACUACACCACGCUCUGUGACCUUAGCGAUGAGCUGUCCGGCAAAAUAUUGGUGGAUGUUAGCAAUAAUGCUGAAAUAAACCACCACAAGGAAUCAAAUGCUGAGUACUUGGCAUCACUAUUUCCAGCAUGCACUGUUGUCAAAGGAUUUAAUGUCAUAUCAGCAUGGACACUGCAGUCAGGUCCCAGGGAUGGGAAUAAACAGGUUUUGAUUUGCUGUGACAACCAGGAAGCCAAACGUGUGGUUGCUGAAAUUUCUCACAUGCUGGGGUUCACCCCUGUGGACAUGGGCUCCUUGACCUCAGCUCGUGAAAUUGAGAAUAUUCCUCUGCGCCUCCUCCCUGCCUGGAAGAUUCCUGUGUUCUUGGCCCUGGGUCUGUUUCUCUGCUUCUAUACCUACAACUUCAUCCGACAAGUUUUGCACCCUUACAUUCGGGACCAUAAGAGCAAAUUCUACAAGAUCCCCGUGGAAGUUGUCAACACCACACUGCCUUGUGUUGCCUACGUCAUGCUGUCCCUUGUGUACCUGCCUGGAGUGCUUGCUGCCAUCUUUCAGCUGUACUACUGCACAAAAUACAGGCGCUUCCCAGACUGGCUUGACCAGUGGCUGCAACAUAGAAAACAGAUUGGCCUGCUAAGUUUCUUCUGUGCAGCCUUGCAUGCAGUGUACAGCUUUUGCCUACCCAUGCGACGAUCUCAUCGUUACUUAUUACUCAACGAAGCUGUCAAGCAGACAUUGGAGAAGAAAGAAAAUGUCUGGAUAGAAGAGGAAGUCUGGAGGAUGGAGAUUUACAUCUCUUUCGGCAUCAUGGCCCUGGGCUUACUCUCUUUACUUGCCAUAACUUCACUACCUUCGAUCUCCAAUGCUCUCAACUGGAGAGAAUUCAGUUUUAUUCAGUCCACUCUUGGAUUUGUUGCUCUGGUGAUCAGCACUCUCCAUGUUCUGACUUAUGGCUGGACCAGGGCAUUUGAUGAAAACCAGUACAAGUUCUACCUGCCUCCCACCUAUACCCUCACACUGCUAGUACCGUGUGCUGUAAUACUAGCUAAAGUCUUCUUCCAUCUCCCUUGUAUGAACCAAAGACUGAGGCGCAUCAGGAACGGGUGGGAAAAGGGCAGGUAUGUUAAAUUUGCACUGCCCAGAGCGACGGGGGAAUUUUCAAGUGGAGAAAGCAGCAGCAUUGUGUGACAAAGCACUUCUUUUCCAUUAUGAAUUUUAGACAGCACUCUAAAGAUUCUUUUUUUAUAGAUUUUUUUAAGCUUGUACGUUUGGUAUCAUUGAAUGGUGGGUGAUAAGUAUAAUUUUAUUUGGGUGUUUUAGAGGAGAAGAAAAAAAAUAUCAAUGUAAUCAGUUUACAAAACAGUAUCUAAAAUGUACUGGUAAUUCUCCAGGAAAAAAAAAUGUUGCCUUAAAACAUCAAUGUGAAAUUCAACAAUACAAACUAAAGAUACAUAAACAAUCAUUCUGUAUGUAGAAGAACAUGCUUAAGUGAGGAUCAGAUUUACUGAGGAAAGUGUUUUUUUUUCUGGGGCUGUCUUGAUGCUUAGAAAUGGAUUUCUGUCCUAAGCUUGUUGUAAUUUAGUAAUCAUCCAAAAAAAUGUAUACCCCACUCCUUGAAAGUGGGUCUUCCGGUUCAGCUAUACCAGAAUUACCAUGUUUGGCUGUGAUCCUAAUUUUAUAGCAAAUAAGAUAUGUUGGUUUUAGUGGAACCAUUUGGAUCCUGAAAAUCUCGGCUGAUAAAAAAGAUUUAUGUCAGCAGACUUUUUUCGUUACCUCUUCCUCUGAAACUCAAAUACUCUUCCUGCAAACAGAGUACUUCCCAAGAACAGCAUUAGGAGGAAGUCAGGGGCUUGCCAUGGAAGGAGGAAGGAGGAAUUGGCAAAAAAAAAAACCUUUCUGUCAACAAACAUUUUCUACUGGAUCCAACUCAGUGUUUUAAUUUCCAGGUAAUCAGGACCACUGCAUGAUUAGACCCGUAUUCAACCCAACAUGGUGGUUUUAGUAGAAUUAAUUGCAACAGACACCUAAUUUCUGGUUUAAAAUAUACUACCACCAUCAUUUGGAACUACAUAUUUGUUAAAAUAUUUAUGAACUGCCUUGCCUGAAGUAGACAGCCCAAGGCAAUUUAGCCAAGUAUGCUUACCCAGAAAUACAUACAGCGAUUAAAACUAUAGGACCAACAUCAUCAUCAGUAAAACAGCAGCCUCAUCAAAAGUCCUAUUUCAUGCAAAUUGCAGUAAAAUUAAUACAUAGUCAACAGACAACCCUUGAAAAUAAUGCAACCUUACAAGCUGGCCUGAACACAAAUGGGAAAACGAUACAGCUUACUUCUUUUGGUAGACUGUUGCAGAGCAUUGGGGGAACUACUGAAAAUGUUUUUUUUUUAAAAUCCACAUAUUUAAUUCCCCCCAUACACACACACACACACACAAAGGUUAGGAAAACAUUAUCUGUUUCCCACACCCAAUAUCAUUGGCUGAAACAGGCAGACAGCAGGGAGGGACUGCCAUGAUUGAAAUACGCCAGUAUUACAAUACCCUGUAUACAAGUAAAUACAAUCCACACCACAACAGGCAGCCCUUGACUUCCACAAACAAUGGGACGAUUCGUCUUCCUCUUGCUGGUCAAUUAGAUGGCAGGGUAAAAGCCAAGUCCCUGUCCUGGGCACCAAAAUUCUCUGAAUUCAGUUUCAGUUAGUUGCUAUAUUUUCAACAUAGGCUCUCAAACUACUGUGAUAAGCACAUUGCUUAUUGUAGUAGUUUUCAGAACCAGUGGACAUCUGUGAAGGAUGAUAAAGGCAUGUACCUACCAGACAUUUUUCAACUCCUGGACAAUAAAAUGUUCAAUGGGCUAAUGAGAAGAAAAUCCCAGAGCCACUUGGAUUAGUAGGCAGGAAAAGCCAAUGAGAGAAGCCGAAAGAGCUAUAAUGCAGCUGAGCAUGAUGAUGACCUCCAUGAAGAGGAACACUUGGACAGCAAGUCAGCUGAACAGCCGAGAGAAUCUGGGACAAAGCUCUUGGAACUCCAUCAUGCAGACAUCUCCCUGCAAGCGAUAACACAUAUUGAUACAAAUGGAAGACAAUUUGCCAGCCAGCAUUAUUGUAGGGAUUAUGCCUCAGAUCAUUUCCCUAAUACAGCAAGAGAGAUGUGCAGAAAGGGACUUUUGCAUAUACAUUGGAUAUAGAUAUGUAGCUCCAUUACCACUGCGUGAUGAAACCAUUGAAAUGGCUGAGUUGGUUCCUUGAUGUCAGUAGAGUUACACAUUCACAUCCAGGACCACUAGUUGUUUUGUAGGACUAGAUACAAACUGGGGUAUAUUCAAUUAUUGCCCCAUAUUUUGAGAGCAUGAAAACCUGUACUUCACCAGUUAUGCUGCAUUGAAGCUAUUCCUCUUGUUUACUUUUGUGGGGUCACAGAAAUCCAAGCACUUGAUGACAUUACGUUGGGCUCUAAAAUCUUUACCUAGCUAUAACCAAAUUUUAGGAAGUAGCAUUCCUUAAUGCACUUUUAGCAGUUGCCACCUUAAAUUAAGGAGUCAUUUCUCACUGACAGCUACAAAACUGUCAUUGCCCCCUUCCAAAGAAAGAAAUGCAUGUUCCACAGUUGUGCAUGCCUUUCAGACCAACCUAUACUACUCAUGAACAUGCAUAAAUGAUCAGAUAAAUGACAAAAUCAUCAGACUGUGAUCCAAAUAAUUAGGUCUGCAACAUCUGAACAUAUUUCAGAGUUUUGAACAUUGCUUUUUUAAUUUCUGAGUCUAGAAAAGCAGGGGGAAUCUUAUUUUACACUGUUCUGCAAAUUACAGUGCAAUCCUAAACAGAGUUACAUGCUUCUAAGCUCUCUGAAGGGUAUAACUGUGUUUAGGAUUGCAUUAUUUAAAAAUACCCCCCUCCCCAAAAUUUAAGUAUUUAUGUGUCAAAGUAAGUAUAAAUGACACGUUUCCUAGUCCUCAAAGGGUUAAUUUUGAAGGGUUUUUUUAAAAAAAAUGUUGUAGGAGAAUAUACUAUGCUUGUGUGUGACAAAAAUUUAACAGGCUAUUUUUACAUAAGUGAAGCUUAUUCUGAAUUUUUUUUAAAGAAAACUUUUAAAAAGUUUUAGAUACCCCUCUAAGUCCAAUGACAUCGACAAAAAUAUUUCUAGCUAGUUAAAUUUUUUUAAGUCUCAAAACAAUCAUUAUUCUUGCGUGAAAUCUAUCUUCAGCUUUCUGAAAUUCCCCUUUAAUCCAGAAAACUGGAGUCCAAAGCAUAACAUAACCAUGGAAUAAUAAUGGAGCAAGACUAAGGGAAUCCACUCAUCUGUCAUUUGGCAGUUUUCUGAGGACAACCUCUAGCUAGAGAAUUACAGAACAAGAAGGUGCACGCAGACACCCCUUGCACUCCCCUUUAGAUCCAAGUGCAUAGCUCUGUGCCUUAUGUAAAUUAUUGCUUUCUGCAGUGGGAAUAAAAUAAUCUGGAAACUCCAAAGGGCUAAGUCCGUAGCAGCAGAAUAAAACAGUCCAGCGGCAACAUGAAGAAUCAUAGUGACUCCCAGGCCACUCUUUUGCCACACUAAGUGGCUUCCUAUCAGAGGCAACUCUGGUAUAGGAUAGCAUUCCCAGAAUUCUUCAGAACAUGUCUAUGUAGCCUCGAUGUGCAAAUGUUCUGAGCUUCACUUCUGAAGCUCAGGACACUUCUUUUUCCAUCAGCACUAUGUUUCCUUGGGGCAGAGAGAAAGAGAGAGAGAGAGAGAGAGUGUGUGUGUGUGUGUGUGUGUGUGAGAGAGAGAGAGAGAGAGAGAGAGAGAGAGAGUGUAAUAGGUAAGGGCUAGAGUCCAGAGCUCUAAUACAACUGAAAAGUUCAGUUCUCCAGUUGUAAUAUAAUAAGUGAAGGAAUGUUACCUCUUGCAAAAUAUGCAGGAAAAAACUCUGGAGGUUUCUGUUGCUUGCACAUACAUGAUCUUUCUUUUUAGCAGGAAGCAACAAGCAAGGUAUCUACCACAACACUUGGCAGCAGAUAAGUUUCACAGUUCCUCAGCAAAAUCUCUUAGGUGGGCAGUAAUGUUCUCUUCAAUGAUGACUAAAAAAGCUACUUAACCAGGAGAGGACUCUGGCUGCGGUGCACCCAAAAGUGUUCACCCCAAAACUCAGCCAUCUGAAUGCAGCCUUAAAAACUUAACCCCAUUUGUUCAGAUAUGCAUGAACCGGGCUUGAUGACAGACUCGGCUCUUGCUCCCCUCUUCUCAUUCAGGAAGCAAUGAAGAAAUCCCCACUAGAAACAAACAUAACAUAGAAAUGAAGGCAAAAUAGUUAAUCGGAAUUAGCCACCCCUGCCAAAGAAAACUCCAAAAAGCAGAGGGAAAACUAGUUCCAGUUAAUCAAUGCAUUGGCAUUCAUAUAUCCCAGGUAGCCAGAAUUCCUUGGGAUUCCUUCACCAUGCUACACAAAAGAACAGAGGAGAGAGGAGCAAGGUGCAUACUCAAGCAUCAGCAACCAGACAGGUCUGUGCAUGCUUUAACUUUGCUACAGUUUGCUGUCUGGAUGCAGCCUUAAAAUGCACCUUCUGAAAAUGUAAGUUUACAUAUAUUUGCUUCCCAUUCUUUGUCUGCUUCCAGAGGUCUCUAGAGACUUGACAUGAAAAGCAUGAACUGUCAUGUCAGAGGACAAAGGAGAGAAGGUGGUAGCUACUGGAAAAUUGAGGGAUAGCAUAAUGUGGGGUGACUCGUCUCUGACAGCCAGCUGUUCCGUUAGAUCCAUCCCACCUAUUUCUGCACAUCUCUCAAAUACCACCUGUUUCAAAUAACUUUUAUCCACAACUUUGAAAUCCACAAUUAUUUUUUAAAAGAAAAAUCCAUCUUUCAACCCCAAAAUAGAUGAUUUCCAUUAUUGUGCUGUGUGCAGGAGGGACCUAUAUAAAACAUCCAUGGCGGUUGAAAUAUGAUAGCCCAUCUGGCAAUGACAUCAGAGGAUGCCCGUCUAGAUGUCACAUUCACACUCACCAUUUCUUAAAGGCCAACUGCUUUAUUGCAUUCAUAUGUAAAGUUUGUCAUUUUAAAAUGAAAUCAAGCAUCAGAGCAGCUCCUUCAUCUGAACAUUCCUCCUCCCCCCCUCAACCCCCCCCCCAAAUUAAGAAGUUAGCUCACUUUGUCAAAGCAGUUGCUCUCUUUUUUAAAAGUUGCAAUAAGGUUGAGGGAGUACAUAGUUUCUCUGUUUUUAAUCCACCAGUAUCGGGAUAAAAGGGUUAUGUGAUGCUUGCUUAAAGAUUGACUAUAUUAUUUUUCUAUGUAUAUUCUGUAUGGAUUUAUUGUUGCAAAAACAAGAAAAAGAUGAAAUGUAUACUGCCUGUAUCAAUGUUUUCUGCACUACCUAAUUUGUGCCUUGAGAGUUUUAAACAGUUACUAUCUUGCCUUGUAGUGCAUCUUUUAUUCUUCCUGCUGUCACCAUAUACAAAAAUGUAAUCAGGAUAUAUCCAUGAAUUGGAUACAUUGAUGCUACCUAACCUCUGCUAUCUUAUUUUUUUUAUUUGCAGUAAAAAGUUAUA